AAAUCAAUUAUCGUUUAUACUCACAAUAAAAGGAUGAUAAUUAUCCCGGGAAAUUUAUAUAGGCUAAUUAAUCUUUACAUGCAAUAUGGACAUUGAACAGUAAAAUCAUGCGAUGUAAUAUGUACGCGAUUGUUUGACAAUCGUGAUCACCUGAAGGACGCAUGCGCGUAUCUCGAAAAAUCACGUGACGCGCGUGCACCUUUUUUAUUGGAUCGUAGAAAGGCGCGCGCGAUCGCGAUCGUCUAUUUUUCAUUCAAGAUCUCAGCCUCACUAUGCCGCCACCAGCUUCAGACGAGUUCUUCUGUCUUUUUUAAUUUGAAAGCGAUGACAGCGUCGAAAUUGGACCAUUUUCUUGGAUAUUAGACACGGACAAGGAUGUGGAUCCUGAAAGCUAUGUCGAUCAAGCUGUUGAAGUUAUGUGGGUCAGUGGCAGCAAAACGGAGAAGUAUCGAGCAACAGUGUUGGCUGUAAAUAGAUCCAAGGAUAAUCUCAUCAGAAAAAGGAACAAGAUGUGUGACGGGCAAUCAAUGGAGACUGAUAAGGAAACUGGGAGAGGGAAGAGAAAGAAGAAACCAACACGCACAUACAUGUAUUCAUCUUCGGAGUUGGAGACGGAUGAUGAGGAGCCUCAACCAAAAGAAACAAAGAAAUCAAAAUCAAAAAUUUCACAGUGCAAUGAGAUGGCCAGGGAUCUCAGGAAGCAAAUGUUUGGUGCCAAUGAAACGAAAAAAUCAAAUGGACGUACGGCAACGGGAAGUGGAACAAGUGGUGAGAUAAUUGACCUGAAAAAGCAGUUGGAGAAAUCAAGGAGAGAGACUGAGGAUCUGCAGGUGAAGCUGACUAAGGAGAAGGCAGUUAGGGAAAAGAUACAGCAACAGCUGUUGUUUUUGCAAGGAGUGCCUAAAUUCAUCGAAACCUUUAAAGGGUUCAUAGUGGAUAUGGAGGAGAUGUCGAGACUCAAGGCUGAUCAUGAAGAGAUGCACUGUCCAUCAGGAGGGUCAUCUACAUCAUCCUCGCCCGCUCGUUCCUCGCCCGCUCGUUCCUCCACCCAGUCCUCCACCCAAUCCUCGCCAUCAUCAGCACGACCACAGUCCCAACAGAUUGCCCUUGGAUCGAAGGUCUCUCUUAGUCGAAACGUCCUCGACAGGUGCAACGCUGGUGAUUUUCGCAAGUACACCUGCGAUUUGAUGCUGGCGGUGUUCGGCAGGCCUACCCUACUGACCUCGUCACUGACUGGUGCGAAGAAUGUGGCAGGUCGCGCAAAGCCACCUCUGGACAGUGACAAGCUUCAGGGGAUAAUUAGUCAUGUCAAGUCAAAGUUCCCAGGAGUGUCAUCAUCGGAAAUCCGCAUCGUUAUGCGGAACAAAGUUGGCAACGAAAUUAAGUUGGCCAAACGUAGAUCUCAACCGAAAGAGAACCAAGCCAAAGAAAACCAAGCCAAAGAAUUAAACCAAGAACCACAAGAUGAGACCGAAUGAAGCACUUUGUCAAGAUGACUAAUUAAUUAAUAAUGAGCUAAGUCUUGUUACUUACUAAUUAUCCCCUGUUCACUGUCCAGAGGAGGCAAAUUUGUGCGACCUGCCACAUUCUUCGCACCAUUCAGUGACGAGGUCAGUAACAUGGGCCUGCCGAACACUGCCAGCAUCAGAGGACUUAACAAGCACAUGCAUAUUCUGUUCCAAAUAUAAUUUAGUAUGAUCAUCAUGAUGCGACCUAUCCGAGUAUGCCAUGUUUGGUACGUUUCUGGCACUUCUGAAUCGCCCGUCGCUCCUGUGUAUUUUUUUGGUUGAUUGGAAUAUGUUUUAGACCACAGGCAUUGCUAUAAUGCUUGCUACAGACCAACAUUAAAAAAAAUAAUAAUAAUGUUUUAAUAGGGGCCAGAAUUAUCCUUAUCUGAUAUAUUAAAGGUGCUCCUGCAUCGUUUAUCAUACACACAGUGCCAUCUUGCGCACAAACUAGCCUAGUUCAAAAUGGCGAUCUGUAGCGUAGCAUCCCAACGCUUGAUGAUCUUUAACAUUUCACCUGUUUCUAAAGCUAUUUUGAUAAAAAGCUCUUCAUGGGCCAUCACAUCAAUUCUAGGCAUGUAUUGUGUUUUCCGUCCAGCUGGUACUAAUAUAUUAAAUUUUAUGUUUUGGCAUGUGGAUAUCAAAUGACAGUGCGCACGCAUCAAUCAGUGUUCUUUGUUGGCACCCUUCUAAACAAAUAAGUGUCAAGAACUUUCUUGUUGAGUAAAUUUUGAUCUGAUAAGGAAACAAUUUGAGAUUUUUUUGUGCAAAAAAUGGCAUUUAUAUAUGAUCUACGGAUAAAAGCCCAAAUUCACCUUGAAGAAUGGAAUCAAAUCAGACUAACAAGAAACUACGUCUCUUGGAAGACAUCAAAAUUUAUAUGGGGAACCUAAAUUGCCUCAAACAUGCAUUAAAAUUUGAGACAUUUGGUAUUGUUAAUCUCGUCUUUAAACAAAAGCGAAUGGAAUUAAAAUUGCUUUUGUUAUGAUUUUGAAUGACGGGAAUAUACCAAAUUAUUUCAUGUUCCUGAUUGUUCCGUACUCUAUUUGCCAAAGAUAUUGCUGAAAUGUAUUCAUUGUGUGCUGAAAAAUAACUUUGAUAAUGUGUAUGCGUUUGACGCCAUUUAUUUAAGUGGCAAAUUUCCUCUCGUCCUUUAAAAACUUUGCCUUGUGCCAAAUAACAAAGUAUGCUCAUGUAACAUUUUAAAGGCAUUGUCUUCUAUAUGUGUACACAAUAUAUUUACCCUACUUAUUUGUUGUGUAAGGUCACAUUGAUAAAGUGCUGUAACAAAUAUUGUUAUAUUAUUGAUAGAUUAUCUGUAGUAGUUAUAAAAAAGUACUAAAGUAGAGAUGUUAGAUAUCUUCAUGUUUUUGUUGCAACUCAGUACAGAUGUUUUUAACUACAGUUUUGAGAUAUUAUUGAUAGAUUAUCUGCUACAAUUUCUACAUAUAUGAUUCAUUUAUUUAUUUAUGAUUCAUUAUUUUAAAUAAUCAUAUUUUACUUCUAUUUACUUACCUUGUUAAAGAUUUUCUUUGCUCUUCAUUACCUAUAAUAUAUAUUUAUGUUCAGUUUAAUUCUCCACUCAAUUCAAUCUUUAUUUGGAAAUAAAGAUUGAAUUGACUGUAUUAUUCGUGUUAAUUAUAUAUUCAAAAAGCUGCAUCACUUCGCCGUGAUCCCUCGCAUAGGCCUAUAAAGUUGAUUCUAUCCUUUGGGUUUAUGUCAGGUUUCUAUAGCUUCUGACCAUACGAGCAUUGAAAGUUAAGGGGUUUAUGGGACGAAUUAUCGACUAGGGCCGUCCAUAGCUCAGUCGGUAGAGCACCGGGCUAGCAAUCCGGAGGUCUCGGGUUCGAAUCCCGAUGGAACCCCAUUUUCUUUGCUCUUUAUUACCUAUAAUAUAUAUUUAUGGUCAGUUUAAUUCUCCGCUCAAUUCAAUCUUUAUUUGGAAAUAAAGAUUGAAUUGACUGUAUUAUUCGUGUUACUUGUCAAAGAUUGGAAGGAACUUGAUUGAUGUAUGUUUUUGUUCCAACUUGGAUACAAGUACGUGUUUUACAACUCAACAGUUCUUGAAAAUUUUAUAGACUUUAUAUGAAGCGUAAUCUCAACUUGCCUUUACCAUAAACAUUGUGCUCGAACCUAAAACUCGUUAGUCAUAGUAGUUAUAAAAAAGUACUAAAGUAGAGAUGUUAGAUAUCUACAUGUUUUUGUUGCAACUCAGUAGAGAUGUUUUUAACUACAGUUUUGAGAUAUUAUUGAUAGAUUAUCUGCUGCAAUUUCUACAUAUAUGAUGCAUGUGUUUAGUUUUAAUGGUUUUAAAUAAUCAUGUUUUACUUCUAUUUACUUACCUUGUCAAAGAUUGGAAGAUUUAUGUUUUUGUUGCAACUUUGAUACAAGUACGUGGACAGUGUUUUACAACUCAACAGUUCUUGGAAAUUGUAUAGACUUUUUAUAUGAAGCGUAAUCUCAACUUGCCUUCACCACAAACAUUGUGCGUGAACCUAAAACUCGUUAGUCAUAGUUGUUAUAAAAGUACUAAAGUAGAGAUGUUAGAUAUCUUUGUUUUUGUUGCAACUCGAGUACAGAUGAUUUUCACUACAGUUUUUAUCAUGUAAAAUAUUAAGCAUAUAACUUUAACUUGCCUUUACUUCAACCAACCAUUCAGCCAUUGUGUGUGCUAAAACUUCAGGAAUCCCGUUACCUCAACCAACCAUUUAGCCAUUGUGUGUGCCAAAACUUAGUCAUGUUAGUAAGAAAGUACAUGAUUACAGAUGUUAAAACAUAUAUAUAUAUAUAUAUACAUAUCUCAAAAUAAACUUUUUAUAAUAUUAA